CGCCAACGAUCUCGUCUCUUGUCCUUAAACUCCCUACAUAGUAAUUGUCAAAAUUAUUUCUACCAAGCACGUGCGUAUUGCCUUCUGCGCUCAUCUCAGAGGGGUUUCUCCGAAGCUGGCAUCAAUUUCUACGGUGGCACACUUACUGCCUCAAUCUGCACUGUCUAACCCACCAAGGAUGGGUGCUCAAGAAGCGAAAAAGGAUGCCAGGAUAUGCGCGCAAAUACUUCACCCUGAAAUCCGACGGGGACCUUUCGUACGCCGCACAGCCAAACGGGAUCGUUCGCGACCAUCUUGUUUUGCGCUUGGCUACGAUCUCUUCCAGCGAACGCUCGAACGAGCUGCAUAUCGAUUCUGGAACAUCAACGUUUCAUCUAAGGUGUCUCGAGAGGUCCGAUUAUGAUAUGUGGCUUUCGGCAUUCAGAAAAUUUUUGGUUACUCGAGCAUCAUCCAAAAUAUUAGACGCCAAUGUCAAAAGUUCGCCAUCGGGUGGCUCAAGCAAUCACAGUCAUAUAGAAUCACCUACGCAAACGCUCGAUCCUCAUACACCGACCAUGCCGGAGCCUAAAUUGUCGGACUCACUAGUGCAUCUUGUGUCCAUGCAACCAGCAGACACUGCAUCCGUUCUCAUCGAGGAACUAAGGCAAGAACACAAUGUCCAGGAUCUUAGCGGCCAAUUUCCACAAAGGGAGCGCAACCCAGUUGCUAGAGGAGGGUACUCGGAAGUGUUCCAUAACUACUGGAGGCCUCCCGAUGAAACCGUUCUGAUCCCUUGCUUCGACCACCUAUUAGCAGUCUGGCGACUGUAAUCGAGCACACCAGGAAAGUUGUGAAG